CCAGAUAUGUUCCGUGCCUUAGUCUUCGUGUUGGCCGUCGCCGCCGCCCGCGCAUGCAGGCCUUGCACAUGCGGGGUGACGCGCGGCGGGCGGGUGGUAGGGGGAGAGUCGGUGUCCCCUGGAGAGUUCCCCUGGCUGGCGGCGCUGCGGCGGGACGGGAAAGUCAUCUGCGGCGCCACCGUCGUCGCCCGGGACCAUCUCAUCACAGCCACGCACUGCAUAUAUGGGGUGGAAGCCUCCCGCCUGUCCGUGCUGGUGGGUGAAUAUGACGUGAACAACACGAGGUCUGAAGGCAUCGAUGUGGUGCAUGUGGUCCAACAUCCUGACUUCAAUCGAUACACCUAUGAUAACGACAUAGCUGUGCUCAGGCUAGAGCGACCCUUACCGGAUAGUCUGUAUAGGCCAGCCUGCUUACCAGACGCAGAUGGUGCAGAUGUUUUGGAAGGUGAAAGCGCUAUGGUUUCUGGGUGGGGCAGUACGGUUGAAAAGGGCCCGGCGUCGAAUAUUCCAAUGAAAACGGAAGUUCAAAUAUGGGGGGAAGAAGAGUGUUCCGGAGCAGGCUACGGUCGCAGGAAGGUAACACCGCGCAUGCUCUGUGCCAACGCACCGGGCCGUGACGCCUGCACUGGCGAUUCCGGCGGCCCCUUACUACUCCGACAACCAUACUUCACCAUAGUAGGUGUAGUCUCAUGGGGUCGGGGAUGCGCAAGAGAAGGUUAUCCCGGUGUUUAUGCUCGUGUAGAUAGAUUCUUGCCGUGGUUAAGAGUAGCAUUACGACAUGCGUGCACGUGUUUGCCUCCUUCCUUGUAUUAAAUUCGAGGCCAGGUAGUUCCGCCCACAUGCAACAGAUGGCGCCACAUUCAAUAAUGCAGUCCUGAAAUGCGAUAUCGAAGUUUACACAGCAAGAUGCAUAAUACAACUUCCAACAUAACACUGUUGGAUCAUCGUUCCCAAGUCACACUACCAACUUGUGACUAGCGGGGUACUAUGUUCUGUUCGGUACCACGAAAACAUCCUUUGGCGGCAGCACACCCUCGCCGCCAAAAAACUAUUAAACUGUUAAAAGUAUUUAUCAGCGGCAAAACAGAUGAAUAUUAUAAUGAAAGAGGCUACAAUUUAUCAAAUGACGAUGUAGUGACCGUCAACCUACCUCAAAUACCUUGUUAAUUUUAAAACAAUAGGUACUUAUAAAAAGUUACCAUUAAGUUAGCUGAAAUUAUUUUGUUAUUAUUUUUGU